GAAUUGCAGCGGAACAAAUGUAUUCUUGCUCUUAGUAUGCUUCUAAUUUGCAGCUCCAUGUUCAUCGCGUCUCUAUCCCCGUAACUACUUCAUCAAUGUUUUAUGACAAGUCGUAUUCUUUUUAGCCUUACCCUUCGAAGGAACCCAUCGAUCAAUCUGUCCUACCUAGGUGAAACUUAAAUCCCAAAUCAUGGCCGGGAACAAAAAGCGCGGCACCGGAAAGAGCAAGGGCUUUUUCAAGAAGGCCGGCAAGAACGGAAAGAAGAAAAAGACCAAAAAGAAGCUGGACCGCGAGGAUUUGUUACACAAAAAGAUCGAAGGCCGGGAAAAGGAACUCCAGCGGAUCGAAAAGAAAAUCGCCAAGGAGGACCGCAGAUUGCAGCGGGUCGCAAAAUAUCCUGUGCAAAAGUAUCGUACUCGUAGUAAUCGCAGUCAUGCAUUACAAAUCUUUAUCAGGGUCUGGGCGGCUCGAAGCAGAACGAGCAGCACAAGCGGGAGACAACACAUCCAAAGGUGGGGAUGGUCUCAGGUCGUUCAGGUCCGCCAAGGGUUGCGUCUCGCUAUCAGGGUUUCGCCAACUCCGCGGGGGCGUUGCGGGUAUCUCCCUAAAACACCAAAACCGGCACAAAUUGGGCCGGCAGUCCGGGUAAUUGCUCACCAGCCGAUUUGUAUGGCGGAAUAAGGUGCUCGACGAACGAAGAAAUAAGCAUGUAAUUAGCACCUCCGGUUGGUAGAGCGAUCGGCUACCGAGGCACGUCAGGGGGCGUCGCUACUUCAAUUCAAUUCAAAAGGCAAAACAGCAUGACAAAUUCCAUUUGUCAUGCUGAGCUAAUUUGUAUUGCAAUUAGUACUAGUACGAUACUUUUGCAAUUCAUACAAAAGACAACGACCCUUUAACAUCCGGGGAAGAGGAUGCGGAGGAUGUGGAGGAAAAGACACCGUACGAAAAGUUGCUGGAAAGCAUGAAGGGGCAACAACAUGGAACUAUGUCGAACAACACUGACGGGGAUAAUUCUGACUCGGAACAAGAUUUGUCAAGCGCUGAUGAAGAUGAGGACAUGGAUAUGGAAGACGUCGAGGAUAGUGACGAGAAAAAGCUCGGCCGCCGACGCGCAACGAAAUCGAACAGAACUGGAGGCGCAGAAGAUGUUGAACCUGUUGAGGAGGAGGACAUUAUGGAAUCUGCGUCAGACAUCGGCGAGGAGGAGGAGGAAUUUUGUUCCGAUGAGGAAAUGGUUUCUGAUUCUGGUGAUGAAGCAGGCACAGAGAAAAGCAAAAAAGGCGACGACAACAAGGAUGAAGAAUCAGACGCUGAUAUCUCCCUUGACGAAGACGACCCGGAUCAGCAGGCAGCGGUCCGCCAGCGAACGCUGCACGGCUUGUCUGACGACGAAGUGAGCGAGGACGAGGUGUUGGACGAGGAGGAACAAAGAACUCUUCUGGCAGAUAACUGUCCCGCCGCGGGUAGAAGAAGUAGCAAAAACGCGCAAGAACAAGAGCAAACCGACAAGGACCUUCACAACCACUACGGUUCCUUCGGACUGGCUAAUGUGGAAUCCCAGGUUGACUUCACAACCGUACAGAAAGAGAAGCUGGCCGGGAAGGGGUUCGGCACUAGUACUGUGUCCUUCACUUACGGGCAGAAGGACAAGGCCGGGCGCGAUCUGGCAAAGUACUGCGGAGGUGCGGCGAAUAAAAGUACCACUACGAGUCCAAACAAGGACAAGCAAGAGAUGAAGAAAAAACAACUAUCAUGUUCACCAGCCAGUUCUUUCACCCAACAUUCCGAGCGCGGCUACACCCGUGCCUUGAAGGGAAACGACAAGGAGUUUGUGGAACGAUGGAGUUCCAGAGAACACGCGGCUUUCCACCAUUUGAACAGGUAUCAGGACGUGGUGCUCCCAACCCACACUUUCGCCAACAGCAGAACGGUCCGGAGCACAUACAUGACGCACGUGGUGAAUCAUGUGUUGAAGGCCCGGGAAGAGGUUGUUGCGAACAACACGAAGAUUGCGAAGCAACAGAAACAAGCGGAGGAAAAGGAAAACAACAACGACGACGACGAAAACGCGUCUUUCCUCGAAUCCGCGCGCGACCAGGGUUUCUGCCGCGCCAGGGUCUUGAUUCUCUGUUCCUAUCGGUCAGUCGCUUUCGAGCUGGUGAAGAUGCUGGAAGCGCUCUGUCCGAAUGCGAAGCAGGUCUUGAAGCAGUCGAAAUUCGAUGAGCAGUUCGCCGAAGGGCCGAAUGAGGAUGUAGAACAGCAAAUAAACGACAGCACGACGUCGACCAAAAAACCCAAGUCCUCUUCUUGGACCAACGACACCGCAAAAGACCUGCAGCACUGCUUUUCGGGGAACAACGACGACAAAUUUCGCGUUGGCGUCUCAGUUUCCAAAAGAGCACUGAAGCUGUUCACCCCCUUCUACCAGUCCGACAUUCUGAUUUGCUCCCCCCUAGGGCUGCGGCUCAUUAUCGGCGCCGAGGGCGAGUCCGCGAAGCAGCGCGAGUACGAUUUCUUGUCCUCGUUGGAGUGCGUCGUGCUGGAUCGGGUUGACAUCUUGAAGUACCAGAACUUCGACCAUGUACUGGACGUGCUGAAGAUGUGCAACAAGAAACCGAAAAAAUUACCGGAAAACUGCGACAUCGGGAGACUCCGGGAGUGCUUCGCACUGAACGAAUCCCGACUGCUGAGGCAGACGAUCGUCACCAGCAACGGGAAUUGCCCCGAGCUGAACGCUUUACUGGUCAGCGACAAAGCGGACGACGAAGCGGAUGAACUUGAUGUUGCACGAGCGGGGAAAAAGAACAAGAAGAAUCGCGUCAUGUCCAAAAACUACGAGACCGCGACUGAAAUAUUACUCACCGGUGGUAAGAACAAAAUGGAAGAAAACGACGCGACAACCCUAGUGCCCUUCAGAACGAACUUUCGCGGCGCGGUGAAGUUUCCCGCCGCAUUGGAGAAUGCCGGCGAGGAACUGAUUCACUACGCACGGGAGCAUUUUGCGAUUGAAAGGCAUAUGUUCCUGGUGGUGAAAGGGAACAGCAAAGACUCGUCUUCCUCUACAACAAUUUCCAAGCAGAACAGAGCGCUAAAAAAGCAGCUGCAAGACGUCGAGGACACUCCAGCCGAGGACACGCCUUUGUUUAAGCAGUUUCAGAAGCAGUUUUGGCGGACCACCGGGACGGAAAUGGAAUAUUUGGUCAUCGUCGUCUCUGGCAGCGGGUACCGGUACUGCGAUUUCUUCCGAAUAAAACGAUUUUUCGAGGAGGAAGGCGUGGACCACGUCGCGCUCGAUGAGUACGCGGAGUGGCUGAAAGUGAAGGAGGCCCGGAUGGAGUUCAACAAGGGCAAUCUGCGGGUGUUGCUGUUAACCGAACGAUUCCUCUUUUACCACCCGGAGUUCGACAUCAAGAACGCGCAAAACCUCUGCUUUUUUGGCACCCCGGAGAAAAGCUACAUGCUGGGCCUGUCCUGGCUGUCCCCGUAUUCGAAGACAAAAGACAUGGCUUUGGUGCCGGCAGCCGCCUUCACUUUGGUGGACCAAGAAAACGACGACUGCGCGCUGGAGAGAAUUUUGGGGACGGAAUUUGUCAGAAAAAAGUUCAGAAAAGUCGACUCGACUGCGAAAAUGUUUACGUUUUCAUAAAAGAAAAAGAUGACAGACAAAACGCCGGAUUCGGCUUCUGAACUUUUCAUCUGCGAUAACAUUUACCGCACUCAACCACGUUGGCUCGACGUUUUCUUUUGCACGAGGACGAUCAUUCAUCUUCAGUCAUUGCACUACCGCCGCGGAGAACCAAAAAACGCAUAAUUACUUAUUCCGAU